AUGGUCCAAGGGGACUCCGUCGUCGGAAUACUAGACUGGGAGACGGCAGGGUGGUUCCCGGCAUAUUGGGAGUACACCUGUGCGAAGUACGUCAACCCGCAGAAUCCAUUCUGGGCAGAUCCGGUCGAUCGAUUCGUAACGCCCAUGCCGCACGACCUGAAGAUGGAAACCAUCAGACGCAAAUAUUUCGGUGAUCUCUGA